AUGUUUCCCCGUUGUUUACAACAACUAAGACUCCCGCGCUCCUUCAACGGUCGCUACAAACUCCCCUUCUUCUCUCUCUUCUUCUCCCACUCCUCUUCCUCUACCCCUCCAUUUCCCGAGGGAGAUCCCAAUGCCUCCUCCUCCUCCUCCUCGUGGACUGCUGCGAUCCGCUCCGCUGCCGAUGCCGGCCGCCCUCGCCGCGCCCUCCACCUCUACAUCUCCAUGCUCCGCUCCGGCCCCCAACCCUGCCCCUUCGCCGUUGCGGCUGCGCUCAAAUCCAUUUCCCGCCUCCCCCCUUCCAUUUUCCCUCCCCUCACCUCCUCCUUCCACGCCCACCUCCUCAAGCUCGGCCUCCGCUCCCACGUCUACCCGCACACCGCCCUCGCCGACCUUUACUCCCGCCUCCCCCAAUCCUCCGACGCCGCCCACAAGGUCCUCGAUGAGGUCCCCGUCAGAAACAUCGUUUCUUGGAACUCUGUUCUCUCCUAUCACCUGCGAUCCGGUGAUCUGCAUGCUGCCCGGAAGGUGUUCGACGAAAUGCCCGCCAGGGAUGUCGUCUCGUGGAACUCCAUGGUCGCGGGGCUCGCCAAAGCCGAGAAAUUCUUGGUCGAGAGACCUCUGCCACCGCCACUAUCAUUGUCGUCGGAGGUGUCGCUAACGAGGACCCCGAAGGAGAAGAUCUGA